AUGUCUCUACGCCCUGGUCGAUAUCUUGUUCGGUUCAUAGGCAAGGGAGACCAAGAUUUUGUUGGGGGUAUGUAUGCUACCGGUAAAGGACCUGAUCGACCGAUCGAGCUCGAUCCCAACAGGCCUGAGUUUUAUGGGCAGCAACAAUGGGUGUUUGAAAUCGCUCCCGAGGAAGGGCGUGACGUGUAUACAAUCAGUUCCAGACCUGGUGAAUCCUGGAGCUAUGGAUUCAAAAGUCCUAUGCCUGGAGGGCCCAUCAUCUUGGACGGUACGAAACUGUUCAGAGUGCAACGCUCAGAGGGAAGUCAAGGGAGACAUAUUUUCACCAUUGCCCCAACUCAACAGCCUAUCGGAGCCACCCUCUAUGUGGGAGCUGGAGAACAGAGAGAGUUGAUACUUGUUCCUAUCCCUGUGAUUCCCGAUGCUCCUCCUGCUCCCCUUUGGGAGCUCAAGCCUUUGGAAGAGUAA